AUGGUGCUAAUGAUUUUCUUUAGGAUAAUAAGUCCCGAGGAGAACAAAAUUGAAGUAACAUACCAGUACAUGGAAGAGAUAAAGGCUGUGACAAAAGCAAGUACUACUGAUAAUUACACGUCUUUGGAAAGAAAUAUAAUAGGUGGAAUUAAAGAAGUUACUUCCGAAUUAUUUCAACCACCACGACCACCACACCAAAUAUAUUCGUCAGAUGCUUUCAUUUCCCCCCUUCGAUCCUGGAGAGCGAUAAUGAAUAAUCACAUGUUCAAGAAUUCUCAGAUUCGAGAUUUUGACAAUAAUAAUGAUGUCAAUGAAGAUACCUACCUAAAAAACGUCCAUUUAUCGCAAGAGAAAAAUCGCAAUGAAAAAUAUUCUAAAGCCUCCUAUACAAAAAUGUUCUUGAGAAUCCGUCUAUUGGACCUAAAGAAACGAGACUCUAGCAAAGUUAAUAAUGAUGAGCAAUCUUCUGAGAAGACCAACAAGCAAAAUUAUGUUGUCACGCACAGAGGGGAGGUAGAAACGAAACUCGCCAAUAUAAGCAAGGGAUUAGCAUUGGGUGUUCCCAGGAUGGGAUAUACUCAAUCGACUACUGUUUUUGGAAGAGGAUUCUUGGAGGUUGUUGGUCAAGCCCUCUAUACGAACUCAGUUCUGUUACGAGAUUUUCUCGGAUCUACCAGUGGUCUCUACAUUUCUGCAGAUCAUGUGAUUAUCGACUUGAUCCGAUAUUCGUGUGAAAAAUGGCCUGUAUCUUGA